GGGGACUUUGGAGGUAGAGCUUAAGAAUCAACAUCGCUUUAGUGUUCAGACAGUAACCUAUCCAAGGCUACCAGUGCACCUUCUCGACCACUCUCUGUUCUCCCACUGAACUCUCACCACGCUCCCUCCAGAUAUAUCUCUCUCUCUCUCUGUCUGUCUCUUAAUUUAGUGUCUGCCUGUCGUCCAUCCCCUGCUCUCUCCCUCUCAGCAUGCAGCUCCUGGUCAUUUUAGCGUCUCUCAUGGGGGUUCUAUACAGUGUUAGAGCAGCCGCCGUGCUUCCUGUCGAAGAAAGGAGCCCACUACUUAACAGGGAAUUGAGUAAAGAGCGCAAAGAGCUGAUUCUCAAGCUGGUGUCUGGCUUGUUAGACGGAGCGACGGACACCAACAUGCUGCCCGAAGAAGGGGUGUCCCCUGUGGAUCUAGAGGAGCCCCUAGAGUCUCGACUGGAGGAGAGGGCCGCCUACAACAGGCUAUCACAGCUGCCGCAGCGCGACCGCAAAGCCCCCUGUAAAAACUUCUUCUGGAAAACCUUCACCUCCUGCUAAUAGUGAUAUCCAGUCAGCCCCGCUAUGCUCCGGUUGACCCGCAAAA